AUGAAAGGCUCUAGGCUGGCCUUUGGUCUCCUCUCUGCUGUGUUCCAUCUCCUCUGGGCUCCUUCUACCGGCCUCCGGACACUCCAGCUAGGAAGCUGUGUGAUCAGCACAAACCUCCAGGAGAUACAACAUGGAUUUACUGAGAUCCGCCAGAGUGUGCAAGCCCAAGACGAAAACCUGGAUGUGAGACUCUUAAGGAGGACUGAGUCUAUGCAAGACACACAGCCUGUGAAUCGGUGCUGUCUCCUCCGCCAUUUACUGAGACUCUACCUAGAGAGAGUAUUUAAACUCUACCGGAGCCCUGAUCAUCACACCCUUCAAAGUAUCAGCAAGCUCGCCAACUCCCUUCUGAGCAUCAAGAAGGAGCUGCGGCUCUGUCAUGCCAAUGCAAAAUGCCCUUGUGGGGAGGAAGCCACAGAGAAAUACAGUCGGAUUCUGAGUCACUUCGAAGAGCUGGAGCCACAGGUGGCCGUGGUGAAAGCCUUGGGGGAGCUGGACAUCCUCCUGCGGUGGAUGGAGGAGACAACCUAG